CGUGGUACCAAUGGCACCGGGGUUGAUUCACAGAACUGAUUCAUCGCUGAGAGUUGGUGGAUAAAAAUUAGACAAGACCUAUCCUUGCUGUCAUUUACACCUUCAGCGUCCCUUGGAGUCAGCGUGUGAGUUUUUACCGCAGUAUCACAGCCUGUGUGUCAAUGCGCCUUCUCUUAACUGGAGUGCACAUAAAGCAGAAACAAUAAUUUGAGUGAAGAAGUCAGUGGGACAAAACUGAGACAAUCUAAGACCAUACAAGACUUUUAACAUACCAACAAAGAUGGUAAAAGUUACAAAUAUAACAGCCAAGAAAAACAAACAUUGCACCAAUGACGAGAGAUUGCACGAAGCAGUGUUGAAGAACAACUUGGAUGCUGUGAAGAAAUUGACUAAAGUCGAAUGCGACGUUAACGCUAGACAAACCAGCGGUGGUAAAACGGCAUUGUUUUAUGCCGUCUGCUAUGGCCGCCUGGACAUCGCUAAAGCUCUCCUUCACAAUGGCGCUGAUCCAGACCUACCUGAAGACAGAGGAAACACGCCCCUUCACGAGGCAGUCGAGAAGGCCGAUAUUUACAUGGUCCACCUUUUGUUAUCACACAAAGCAGACGUAAAUGCACAGAACCAGAGAAAGCAGACGGCGCUGUCCUUAUCUUCACUGUACGGCUAUGUGGACAUUGCAGAAACCUUGCUUAACAAUGGUGCACUAAUUGACCACUAUGAUAACGAAGGUCGCACGCCUCUCCUGAUAGCCCUUCACGAGGGGAACGAAGACAUGGCACGCCUCUUAAUAUCACGUGACUGUGACGUGCACCACUGUGAUGAUAAGGGGACGUCAGCAUUCUAUCUGGCGAUUCACUCUCCAAAUCUGCGAGAUAUUAGUCUUGCGAGACUAUUAAUUGCAACAGGCUACAAAGUCCAACAAGAUAAGUCUUGGCUGUGUGCCGACCACGCCUCGCCUCCCGGACUUUUCUUCUCGAACAGAAAGUUUUUCUAUGAACUCACAGGUCAACAAAUUACUGACAGUGAUGAAUGUACAAACGAUUUCAGACGCAAAAGUAUAAAAUGCAAAAGUUUCAACCAAAGCAAACAGCUUCUCCAUGAAUACAAACAAGGCCUUAUUUCGGACUGCGUCACCCAUUUAUAAGGAAACCACACGUGCCAUUUUGUUUGGGGAUUUUUUAAAUCAAAUAAUAUUUUAAUACCAAUGUAGCUGUAUCAAAUACAGCAAGAUUGAUUAUUCCCAGUUUUAGUUCUCACAGUUACAACAACAAUUAUAGUUUUUAGAACAUGAAAUACUCCCAAUUUAUACCUCUGACAAAUCAGUAGACACGAUAUUGACGAUGUUGACGUAAGAUGCUUCUUUAUUUUUAAUAGGUAUUUUAUUUUUCAUGUUUAAUUUCUUAAUUUUUGAUGAUGCCAAACAGAUGGACAUAAAUUCGUUGCUUGUUUUAAAAGCAAGAGAAAAAAUUACAAGAAAAUAUCCCAUUACAGAAAAAAAAAAAGAUUAUUGAAUUUCACAUGCUGUAAUGAACACCAGUCUUCAUCCUGAAUACUACUGUAAAUAUUUUAUUGUAUGUCUUUUGUACUCUUGAUAAUUUUGUAAUUUUGCAUGUUUCUUUUAAUAAAAAAAUUCACUGUAACCAAUGUGUUUUCGUAUUUCAAUAUAGCGAUUGCACCGUUUUGUAUACCAAUAAAAGUCUAUUUUAAGUUCCAUUUAGAAGCACAUAGUCACAGUCCUUCAAAAUGAUGGAAUUUGAAAUGAAUCAAAUGAGUUGAGACAAAACAAAAAUAGCAACAAUCAGAACAGAGUUGAUAUAACUCGUACAGUGUGGUUACAACCAUCCUUAAGGCUGACUGAAAUUCUCCUAGAAGUGUUUUAAUUCUAAUAAAUAUGAUACCAUACUAUUUCCCUAAAGGUAAAAAACGACCGACGUAAAACCCAAUUACCUUUUGUCUUCUAGGCUACAAAGUCCAACAAGAUAAGUCUUGGCUGUGUGCCGACCACUAGACUAGAAAUUUAAAUAAAAUCCUGGCUUGCAGAGGUGAAAAAUGUUUUAAAACUCUUAAAACUGGGGUGAUAUGGUUACUCAGAUAUAGUUACUCAUGGAUGUACGGGUUAAUAAUCUAGCUGAGAUGAUCUGAAUACGCUGCAGUCUUUUAAUCUGGUUUUUUGGACAACCAUACAAAAUGGAAUUACAGUAAAAAAAAAGGAUGUAACCUCCAAUGUUGUGUUUUGACAAGCUCUACAAAAUGCAGUAAACAAAGAGUUCUCUAUUUUUGUUAGAAAUGAGAAUCAUGGGGAAAAGUUAAAGGUAAAAUCCAUAUUUUGUGAAAUGCAGUUCAUGGUGAAAGGUAGGUCAAAGGUAAAA